AGACGUACGACAGUACGAGUGGACUCAUAUACAGAAAUUCAAUUCAGAUUACUUGUAAACCUAAACCCCAAACUUCCCUGCAAAUCGCAAUUGAAAAAAUUCGACAGCAACUAAAAAUGGAAGAGCAAAGUAACAAUGGUGCUCAAAGGAGGUUGAACGAGGAUGAGUUCAAGGAAGAUCGACUUAGCUCACUUCCAGAUGCAAUCCUCAUCGAAAUUCUAUCCCUGUUCCCCAUCAAUUUCGCCGCUACCACCUCUGUUUUAUCACGCAGAUGGUGCUACCUCUGGACUGGAGUUACCAGAUUUAAGUUAGAAAAUCGAUUUGGGGAUUCACACCCAUUCAACGCAUUCUAUUCCAGCUCAGCUCGCCGGAGCUCCGUGUGUUUGAUAUUGACAUGAAGAGGGUGGAGCAUUUGGAUUCGUGCUUUCGUCUCGUUUGCCGUCGAAAUGUGGAAGAAAUCAAGGUAUUAUUUCACGAUAUUCAUGUACCAGCUUGUGUUUUUAAGUGUCAAUCUUUGGUAGUUUUGGAAUUGGAUAGAAUGCUUAGUUGUUCGUUGCUUAGAGACCGAACUAUCCAUCUUCCUAAUCUCAAGAAGCUUAGAUUGCGCCUUGACAGUUUUUGCCUUCGUAUGAUGGGAAAUCUAUUAUCAUCUUGCCCACUGUUAGAAGAUUUACGUUUGGUGUUUGAUUUAUUAAAGGAUAAACAUGAUGUGAAAAUAUCGGCCCCGAAUUUAAAAUUGUUGGAUUUAGAGAUGGUGUCUGCUGAGCAACAUAAUAAAAUCAUAAUUGACACACCCAUAUUGGAAAACCUGAAGAUACGAGAUUCUUCUUCGUUUUACUACUUUGUCAACAAUCCAACUCAAUUAGUCACGGCUUAUAUUGACUUCAUAUAUGGAAGGGCGUGUGACUGGCUGGGUGCGGAUGACUACUUUCGCGUAUUAGCACAGUUUGUUCAACCGUUAUCUAGCGUGAGCAACCUUGAUCUAAAGUGCAGUAUCGAGAUAUUCCCUUACCCUGAUCCGAUGAAAGAUGGGGCUAUGACAUUUUUUCAUGGUCUAGCAUGUUUUAGAACGCUUUUGAAUAGUAAUUUUGCCUGGGAUAAAUUGUUAAUGUCUUUACAAUGUGUUCCCAACUUGACGGAUCUUGAGGUGACUAUGGAACACAAUUACUCAAGGAACUAUUUUGGGAAUUGGUGUGCUCCAGAUUCUGCAACAGAUUGUUUCUUAAGUAAACUCAAGAAAAUAACAGUAAGGCAACUUGAGGGGUGUGAUAAUGACCUCAAGUUGUUAGAGUACAUUCUGAAAAACACAAUUGUUUUGGAAGAGCUUCACGUGUAUGUUCGUAUUGGUUCUGAACAUAAAGAAGAUGUAAGGAAGGAAUGUAAGUUCUGUGAGGCUUUGUUCAAACUUCCAAGGAGCUCCUUAACUGCCGAAGUUGUUUUGUUUGGUGGUUACAUCAAGUCAUCGACUAAUGCUCUUAAAAAUGGCCUACUUAAGAAGGAUCAAACACAGUUUUGAGUUCAACAUUAUCAUCUAUGCAUACAAUAUCUUGUUUUCUGGAAACCAACAAUCAACAUAUGGAUGGCAGGUAGGUGUUCUGACAAGAUCUGGAAGCGUCACUUGAAUUGGUUACUUGGUUGUUCUGAAGCUCAAGAAUCAGGAAAAGAGAAACAAAAGCAAAGAAUCCAA